UGAUGCCGAGCGGAGCGGGGCGCUUGUACGUUUCGAUGUGCGGCUACAACCGCAGUUCCCAAGAUUGAAGUCGGAUGAAACGGGAGACGAGGCUGAAAUAUGAUGAUGGAUCGUCCGAGCCGUUUCUCAUCGCUCGGACAGCUGUAACGUCGGCGGACACACGGGUGGAUUCAUCAAAGGGUCGACGUUCAGGGCUUCACUUUGUUUGACAUUCAACCACAGACAGAAUGAUCGAGGAAGGCAGUAAACGAGGCAAGGCCAUGGUGGAGAAGAGACAGCUCUUCAUGGAAAUGAGAGCCCAAAAUUUUGAUGUAAUCAGACUGUCGACUUACAGGACUGCCUGCAAACUCCGGUUUGUGCAAAAGAGAUGCAACCUUCAUCUGGUGGAUGUCUGGAACAUGAUCGAAGCCUUUCGUGACAACGGGCUCAACACGUUGGACCACAACGCUGAGAUCAACGUGUCACGGCUGGAGACUAUUCUGUCUUCCAUCUACUACCAGCUCAACAAGCGGCUGCCCACCACCCACCAGAUCAAUGUGGAGCAGUCCAUCGGGCUGCUGCUCAACUUCAUGGUGGCCACCUACGACAGUGAAAGCCAUGGGAAGCUGACAGUUUUCUCAAUGAAAGCCAUGCUGUCAACAAUGUGUGGAGGGAAAAUUGUAGACAAACUACGCUAUAUUUUCUCACAGAUCUCCGACUCAAGUGGAGUCAUGAUGUUUGCAAAGUUUGAUCAGUUUCUCCGGGAGGUGCUCAAACUCCCUACGGCUGUGUUCGAGGGCCCUUCUUUUGGGUACACGGAGCACUCGGUGCGGACGUGCUUCCCUCAGCAGAAGAAGAUUAUGCUGAACACGUUUUUGGAUGUGUUGAUGGCAGAUCCUCCCCCUCAAUGCCUCGUAUGGCUACCGCUCAUGCACCGACUUGCUAAUGUUGAAAAUGUCUUCCAUCCGGUGGAAUGUUCAUAUUGCCGGAGCGAGAGCAUGAUGGGUUUCCGGUAUCGGUGCCAACAGUGCCAUGGCUACCAGCUCUGCCAGAGCUGCUUCUGGCGUGGUCAUGCCAAUGGUCCCCAUAGCAACCAGCACCAGAUGAAGGAGCACUCAUCCUGGAAGUCUCCGGCCAAAAAGCUGAGCCACGCAAUCAGUAAAUCUCUAGGCUGCGUCCCCAUUGGAGAGCCACCUCAUCCUGUGUUCCCCGAGCAGGCUGAGAGACCACAGGAACUCACCCAUACUGUUCAGCCGAAACCAGUGGCCAACAACAUGAACGACACAAUGCUCAUGUCCUCUGGGGCGCCUACUCCUACCAAAAGUGUCUUGGAGAGUCCCAGCCGGCUAGAUGAAGAGCACCGCCUCAUCGCUCGCUACGCUGCACGCCUGGCAGCCGAGGCGGGCAACUCCACACAACAAUGUCCUCCAACAGAUCUGGGUUUCAACUUUGAUGCCAAUAAGCAACAGAGGCAGCUGAUUGCAGAGCUGGAGAACAAAAACAGGGAGAUCCUCCAGGAGAUCCAGCGGCUGCGUUUAGAGCACGAGCAGGCCUCCCAGCCGACCCCAGAAAAAGCCCAGCAGAACCCCACGCUCCUGACUGAACUGCGGCUCCUCAGACACAGGAAGGACGAGCUGGAGAGGCGCAUGUCGGCCCUGCAGGAGAGCAGACGGGAGUUGAUGGUGCAGCUGGAGGGACUCAUGAGGCUGCUAAAGGAUGAGGAGCAGAAGCAGGCUUCCCAGUCUGGAAGCUCGCCUCAUUCUUCCCCCAGUCACGGUGCAGGCUGCUCCAUGCCCAUGCCCAUACGCUCCACCUCGGCUGGGUCUACCCCAACUCACACACCGCAGGACUGCCUCGCGGGGGUAGGAGGGGACGUGCUUGAGGCCUUUGCUCAGGGUGUACCUAGAAAUCUUCGGAAUGAUCUAUUAGUUGCUGCUGACUCAAUCACAAACACCAUGUCGUCACUGGUGAAAGAGCUCCACUCAGUUGAUGACGGGGGAGUGGACGAGGAGACCAACAUGAGGAACGGUGGGGACAGAGCUGAAGCAGAAUGAACAACAAAAAGCACAUUGAGAGUACAGAAGCACUGAGGACAAGCAACAAAACCAUUCCACCCUGUAAGGACAUACAGUCAUCAACUGGGAAGAAUCAGUAACAACAAACAACAACAACAACAACAACCCCUGGCAUUAGCACGUAGAGUAAUGCAUGCUGUAAUCUAACAGGAUUUCACUAUGUGAAAAAAACUUCACACCUUGCAGGUAGCAAGAUGUGUCUAAUUAGCGAGUGUGUAUGUUGUCCUGUAAACAAAAACUGCUGUAAUUACCCAAUGAUUUCCCUCAUGACUGCUAAGGAAUGGCUUGCUGUGCUUUCUCCCCCAACUGUUCCAUAGCAGCAGAUCAUUCUGUAUAUAAAAUACUGUAAACACAUGACCACGGGAACGCCCCAACAUGAAGGUGACAACAUGUUCCCUUGUUGUUGCUUUUGUAUAAUUAGCACUAGUAUUUUCUUUUUUUGGGUUUGUUUUGUUUUCUUUUCUUUUAUUAUUUUUGCAUGAAGUUGCACUCAUGUCUAGAUUUAGGUACUGUACCAUGCUAUGCCAGCUCUCUGUGGAAUUAUGAUGACAGCUGGGGUGUCAGAAGUGUCUUGCCUCAGAAUUCACGCUGAGUGUGUUUACUUGCACAUCCAUAUUCUGAAGUUGAUUUAAAAAAUUCUGGAUAGUUUCCAGUUUCAGCUAAAAUAAUAGUUUGACAUUUUGGGAAGUACUACUUGCUAAAAGUUAAAUAAGAUCGACACUUUUCUCAUAUUUGUGCAUCAAAUAUGAAACUGGAGCCAGGAGCCGGCUACCUUAGCUUAGCAUUAAGACUGUAAAAAGGGAAGCAGCUAGCCUGGCUUUUUUCAUUCCCUUUAUACAGUAUGUAAGGAAUCAUGUUCAAUGUUAAACCUAAAUGUUAGCAUUUGAUGUGUUGUACCAGAGUUAGCUUUAAGCUAAGUUUUUUAUGGAUGGAAAAAUAUAUAAAGUAGUAAUCCAACAUCUUAUGAAAUGGGCUUAUUCACCUCUUAAUGAGAGUUAGCUGAUAUCUCUGCGCUAAAUAUGAAGCUUCCACCAGCAGUCAUUUAGCUUAGCUUAGCACAGAGACUGAGAACAGAGCUAGCUUUGCUCUGUCCAGCAUACCAGCACAUCUAAAGCUCACUGAUCAACAUUUUAUAACUUGGUUGUUUAAUAUGGUUGGUGAAUUUAGAAACAACAAGUUGUAGUCUACAGGAUGUUAGAUGCUGGACUAUUUCUUGGCCAAACACAGUCACUUCCUGAAGUCUUGCUCUUAAAAUGAGGAUGAAAGGCAAAACCACAACUUGUCGUUUUUACGCUUUGCCUUAUAAAGAUUUAACAAGGGAGAUGUUGCCAGGCUAGCUGUUUCCUCAUUUCCAGCAGACCGCUAGGAACAGCGCCAGGGUUA